ACCCAGCGUCGGAGAGCCUAGCGAGCAGCCGGGUGGGCUGAGGGGGCGGCGGCGGUGUAGGAGCCGGGGAAGUUUGGGAGACGCGGCCAGUUCUGCCAUCCAGAGCGCCGCUCAAGCCCCGAGGACCGCGGGGGCAAGUCGCCCCGCUUCCCGACGACCCCGGACCUGCAGCCGUCGUCUCGUGUCCUUUUGCCUGCAAGGAGGUAUUUAAGGGUCUAAAAUGUCAUCGGUCAAGCCUCUAGUUUAUGCAGUUAUUCGUUUCUUGCGGGAACAAAGUCAGAUGGAUGCAUAUACUUCUGAUGAACAAGAAAGUUUGGAAGUUGCAAUUCAGUGCUUGGAGACAGUGUUUAAGAUCAGUCCAGAAGAUACACAUCUAGCAGUUUCACAGCCUUUGACAGAGAUGUUCACAAACUCCCUCUGUAAGAAUGACAUCGUGCCCCUUUCAAACUCGGUGCCUGAAGAUGUGGGGAAGGCCGAUCAGUUGAAGGAUGCAGGCAAUAACCACAUGAAAGAGGAAAAUUACACUGCCGCAGUGGAUUGUUACACACAGGCGAUAGAACUGGAUCCCAAUAAUGCGGUUUAUUACUGCAACAGAGCUGCUGCUCAAAGCAAAUUAAGUCACUACACAGAUGCAAUAAAGGACUGUGAGAAAGCAAUAGCGAUUGACUCAAAAUACAGCAAGGCCUACGGAAGGAUGGGGCUGGCCCUCACUGCCAUGAAUAAGUUUGAAGAGGCAGUUACCAGCUACCAGAAGGCACUGGAUCUUGAUCCCGAAAAUGAUUCCUAUAAGUCAAAUCUGAAAAUAGCAGAACAGAAGUUAAGAGAGGUGGCUAGUCCUACAGGAACUGGCUUGAGCUUUGACAUGGCCAGCUUGAUAAAUAAUCCGGCGUUCAUCACCAUGGCUGCAAGUUUAAUGCAGAACCCUCAAGUUCAACAGCUAAUGUCAGGAAUGAUGACAAAUGCCAUCGGAGGACCUGCCGCUGGGGUUGGAGGCCUAACGGACCUGUCUAGCCUCAUCCAAGCGGGACAGCAGUUUGCUCAGCAGAUCCAACAACAGAAUCCGGAACUGAUAGAGCAGCUGAGGAAUCACAUCCGCAGCAGGACGUUCAGCAGCAGCACCGAAGAACAUUCCUGACUUGAUCGGGACCCUCACCCCCAGUACAGAUAGUGGUUCUGACAUGUCCACCUGUAGAUAAUAGCCCAAAACCAAGUAACCGAAACCACCCUACACAAUGUCUGGAAAUAAUGGAGGAAAGUCUCUUGUGUAAAACCGAGAGAGUCCAUCCGUUUAGAGUAUAGUUUAUCACCAACAGACUUGAACAUAACACAAACUCCUUCGGAAACAAACCAUCAAUAGCCUUGUUAAGAGCUAAUACAGCCUUGGGACAAGGGCCCAUCCAUUUUAAAACUUUUAUCAUCCUGUUUGUAUAUCAGACUUAGUACAGAGUAUAUUUAUUGAACAGUAGGGCUAUUUACUGGAAAGUUCUUUAGCUACAGGUUUCCCUUGGCCAUGGUUUUGAGAGAGGCGAUGACUAAGUGGAGAGACUUCUCAUGCUGGUUUGGAAGAAAUGUGCUUGGUAGCACAUCAGGAGAGGAGCUUUGGCAUGUGCCACCAUCAGUAACACAUGUCUGUUGUGGGUACCAGUACUGUCUGUAGGGUGGCUUGUACUGGGGACAGGGAAUCUUUAGUUUGAUGCAGGCGAUGUUUUGGAGAUACUGUGAAUGUACAGAAUGCACCGGAAGGAUGCUCAGGUUUUCUGCCUCGAUUUUAACUAAUCCUGUCUGUAGUUUAGGGUUGGUAGCAUUCGCAUGGUCAGUUAAGUACAUAAUGAAGCACACUUAGAGAUCCUUAACGGCACUGGUCGGGCCAGUGCACACAACUGCUCUGUUCAUUCUCCUAGUCUUAUUGUCACAGUUUCAUUGGUGGGAAACUUACCUAGGGCAGUGUCUAGUUACACUUUACAAAGCCACUGACCGGGCCCCAAAUUAUGGGAUUUCUAAGUGGAAUUUAAUUAUGUGCCCAUCUGCAAUGAUUUUAUUUUUUUAUUUUACCAUUAUUUGAUGGGUAACAAAGGCAUCUAUCGCCGACACUGCUCCUCUGUGGGAUCCUUGGCUGCAGUUUGGCUUAGCAUGACAGUCUUAUGCUUAACUUUAAUUUAUUGCAAUUUAAACAUAUCAGGAGACUUCCAAUAUCUUACCAUAUUUAUGCAUCUGGCAUGUGGUGAGUAGAAAGAAAUGGCGUGAGAUACUAGUGGCAUGAUUCUAGGUGACUUGGUGGAUGAGAAAAUUCCAGUUUCAAAUGGAAUGUGCUUAUGAACCAAAAAGUGGUUAAAUGGGGGCUGUUAUGUAAUGAUUUUACAGGCGUGACGAGGGAAGAGUGAAAGAACGUAAUUUAAGAUGAGACUAGCCGCACAGCCUUCCCGAAGCUCUUCUCAGUCUGUGCAUUUCGGAGCUCGAGGUUUCAAAACCUUUUUUUUUUUUUUUUUUUUUUUGCCAGGCAGUGGUAGCACAUGCCUUUAAUCCCAGCACUCAGGAGGCUGAGGCAGGUGGAUCUCUGUGAGUUCGAGGCCAGCCUGGUUUGCAGAGCACGUUCUAGGACUGGCUGCAUAGCUACUGAGAAACUGAGAGACCCUGUCUUGAACAAAAAAAACAAACAAACCAAAAAUCAAACCCUUUUUCUUUUUCGCCUUUUGUGAGACAGUGGUUUUGUAAUUUUACUGUACAUCAGGUGGGGAAAAUUAAUUAAUUCAAAAUUCUGGUGUAGGGUCAUAUCAUCAAAUAAGAUUCACCAUUUUAAACAGUGCUCCACGCAGUCAGGCCUCAACUUUAGAACAAAUAAAGUUGCGUAAGGUUGGGGGUCUCUCCUCAAGUAGCCAGCAGGCACCUGGGCAGUCUCACGUGGGACAGCCAAGAAACAGUUCUGGUAGAGAACGGGAACCUCUGACAGAGAACUGGGUUGUGUCGGCUGUCACACAGUGUUCAGAGUGAAGUACUUCCUGCUUACAUAAAGGUUAGGACUGGAGUCAAAGACAAUUCAAAGCUGACAACUAAAAGCCCAGUCCUCCAGUGCUGAAUAUGUUAAUAAUCCUAGAACAGGCUUUCAGUUCAAUAAAACUGGUGAAUCCUCGACUAGGCAACAGAAAAUACAAAUUAACAACAGCAUCAGAGAUGGAAGAGAGAGUGCUUGCCUAGGAAGUGAGCACAUGGGUUCAAUUCCAUCACUGCAUUAAAGAAGAAACACAUAGGAUAGGAGCAGAUAUACUAGGAACAGCUCCUGUGGGAUAUUAGAAGGGAAACUGGGGGUCGGCAGCACAGUGCCUGCCCAGCAGGAAGCCCUGGGUUGCUCCUUCCCUAGUACUGCAUGGAACUGGAAGGACAAAGUGCACCUGUAAUCCAACACUUUGGAGGUGGAGGAAUUCAACACCAGUCUUGGCUGCAGGAGACCCAGUUUCAAAACCAACAAAACGAAGUACCCAGUAGGAAACAAACAACAAAAAGGACAAUUAGAAAGCCUUUGUGAAGAAAUUUCCAUACCUUCCAGGACAAACAAAAAACAAAACAAAAACCGGUUAGGCUCAGAUGAUCUUGGUAGUCAGCUCUACCAAAGUCUUCAGGAGAGAAUAAUAUCCAUUCCAUAUGGCUUCCAAAACACAGAAGAGGAAGAAAUAGUUCCCAACUCACUUGACCAGUAAUAUCCUGGUAGGAACGACCCUUUCUCAUCAGCAGCUGUGGAACACUGACUUCCUAUGCUAACACUCUUGGCUAAAGGUAGCUUUUCUUUUUACACAAAAUCAAGGAACUGGUGUAUCUUCCAUUUCACUUUUUGGUUUGUUUCUAUAGGAAUGAAUAUACUGCCGAUAUCUCUUCCUACUUCCAUGGUGUUUCCUUAUUCAGUACACUUUUUACUCUUCAGGUCCAUCCAUCACGUUGAAAUCAUCACAUUGCAAGCUAGUUCAAGAUUUUUUUUUUUUUUUGGAGUGGUCUGAUUUUUCUAGCUGUCUUAAAAUUCUUAAGAAACUUCCCCAAGUAUUCUUCCCCUUGUCAGGAAAAUACACUUGCUCAGAGAGAAAGGAUGGCAUUGAAUACUUAUAUACAUUUGAAUUCAGAAUGCCUCUCUUCCAUGACCCCAUUUUGUUGGAGUAGCUGAAACUGUUACCGUGCUAUGCAAAACUGAACAUGCCCUUUGUAUGGAAAUGGAAUUUCAUUUACUGUACCAAAUCAUCAAUCUAGAUUUUAUAAUAGCUGACACAGAUCCUUUAUAAGAUGGCAUUUAUCUUUUAUUUAGAGUAAGAACAAUAUGUACCUAUGUUGUUUAUAUACAGAAGAGACUUUGUAAUUUAAAGUAUAUAGCAGAGUAACUUUUAAAUUCUGAAUGAAUGCAAACAUGGUUCAGUUAUGAGAGGAUGCUUGAAAUAAUGCUGAUACAGACUGACUUGACCAGUCUCCGUCAUCCUAAAGGAACCGACUUCUGUUCUUAAUGCUUGCAUUUUGUUUUGCAUAGACGUUCAUCAAUCAUGACUAAUGUGAGGGCCAAGCCUCCUGGAUACACCUUUCAUUUUUGGACCAAAUAAUUUGUCAUGGCAAUAAAUAAUUAUGCAUUUAAGAGAAA